AUGGGAAAAACGCAAAUAUGGGAAAAACGCAAAUAUGGGAAAAACGCAAAAAUGGGAAAAACGCAAAAAUGGGAAAAAUGCAAAAAUGGGAAAUACGCAAAUAUGGGACAAACGCAAAUAUGGGACAAACGUAAAUAUGGGACAAACGCAAAUAUGGGAAAAACGCAAAUAACGGAAAAAAGCAAAUAUCGGAAAAACGCAAAUAUCGGAAAAAGGCAAAUAUCGGAAAAACGCAAAUAUCAGAAAAACGCAAAUAUUAAAAAAUCGCAAAAAUGGGAAAAAUGCAAAUAUGGAAAAAACGCAAAUAUGGGAAAAAUGCAAAUAUGGGAAAAACGCGAAUAUGGGAAAAACGCAAAUAUGGAAAAACGCAAAUAUGGCAAAAACGCAAAAUGGCAAAAACGCAAAUAUGGGAAAGACGCAAAUAUGGCUAAGACACAAAUUUGGCAAAGACGCAAAUAUGGCAAAGACACAAAUAUGGCAAAGACGCAAAUAUGGCAAAGACGCAAAUAUGGCAAAGACGCAAAUAUGGAAAAGAUGCAAAUUUGGGAAAGACGCAAAUAUGGGAAAAACGCAAAUAUGGAAAAAACGGAAAUAUGGGAAAAACGCAAAUAUGGAAAAACGCAAAUAUGGCAAAAACGCAAAUAUGGGAAAAACGCAAAUAUGGCAAAAACGCUAAUAUGGAAAAAACGCAAAAAUCAAAAACGGAAAUAUGACAAAAAUGGAAAUAUGAAAAAACGGAAAUUUCGCAAAAACGAAAAUAAGGCAAAAACGGAAAUAAGGCUAUAA